GUUCCCACAACCAUCCUCUUCCCCGCAGGGCACGCGAUUCGGACGCAGAUCGCCGACCGUUUUUCCGUCCCCACACGUAGAAACCUUCCUUUGAAUGCAAUUCAAACAUCCAUAACGCCACUCUCUUCUUCUCUGCCUCCAUAUCCUUACUUAAACCUCACAAAUGCUUCACAUCCUCACCCAUUAAUGAUCAGUUUUCCCAUCCCAAUGUCUCGUCGCUUCAGCUUCACGCUCUCCCUCUCCCUCUCCCUCUCCCUCCUAAUCCUCUGCGCUCAGGUCCGCGCUCGCUUUCUUUCUUCCUCCUCUGAUCUAGUUUCCGAUGGGAUCCAUGAUUUCCGGGAUUCGCCGGAGGACAAUCUGCUCCGGUUUUCCCUGCCGCUGACGGAGUCUACCUGCGACCAGACGUACGGGUUCUUGCCCUGCACCACCAGUGUAGUCGGGAACUUGUUCCUUAUCAUCGUCUAUGGCUUCCUCAUGUACAAGGCCGCUACCUAUUUGUCCUGUGGCAGCGAGCUGUUGCUUGAAAUCUUGGGCCCGGGGAUCGUUGGUGGCUUGUUUCUUCCCAUUCUUGGCGCCCUGCCUGAUGCCAUGCUCAUUCUCGUAUCUGGGCUUUCUGGCAGUACCGAAACCGCCCAAAAACAGGUCUCUGUUGGAAUGGGUUUGCUAGCGGGGUCAACAGUUUUGCUCCUGACUAUAAUAUGGGGAACUUGUGUUAUUGUUGGCAAGUGCGACAUUGAAGAUUCAAUUGCAAAAGAUUCACAAGACACACGGGGAUUUAGCUUAAUUGGCUCUGGUGUCAGCACGGAUAUUUGGACAAGUUAUGCUGCAAGGAUCAUGGUUAUAUCUGUCAUUCCAUUUCUGAUUGUUCAAAUACCCCAAAUACUCAAAUCAACGUCAGGAAGGCACUUGGCUGUUUUAAUUGGACUUAUUGUCUCUCUUUGUUUAUUGGUUUCUUAUUGCCUUUACCAGGUUUUCCAGCCCUGGAUACAGAGGAGAAGGCUUGCUUAUGUGAAGCUCAAGCACGUAAUAUUUGGAAUUCUGAGACAUUUUACGACGAGGGAGCAAACAUUGGGAAGGUUGCUGAGAGAAGAUGGUGAGCCUGAUAGAGAAAUAAUAAAGAAGCUUUUUUCAAAAAUUGACGAGAAUGGUGAUGGAGAACUUUCUUAUGGUGAAUUGAGAGCGCUGGUUAUUGGAAUUGGAUUUGACGAGAUUGACCUGGACCAUGAUGAUGCUGUGACGAAAAUAAUAGAGGAUUUUGAUACAUCUCGUAAUUCACACAUUGAUGAAUAUGAGUUUUUUAACGGAAUUAGUAGAUGGCUCUCUAAAGCUAAGCGCUCUCGAUGGGCUUCGUCUGGUGAUACUGGUCAUCGUACAAUGAAGUUUUUAAGUGAUCUGCACCAAGAAACAAAGAGGGAACACGAUCUAUUGGAUGUGGGGGGUCCGGCAGAAGAAGCUGUUGAGGGUGUUGAGAAUGCCAAAUGGAAUACCAUCAAGGCAGUGCUGCUGCUUCUACUUGGAACAGUUAUUGCUGCUGCAUUUGCUGAUCCCCUGGUCGAUGCUGUUGAUGAAUUUUCCGACGUCACAAGUAUUCCUGCAUUCUUCAUUUCCUUCAUUGUACUGCCUUUGGCUACGAAUGCCAGUGAAGCAGUGUCCGCAAUAAUUUUUGCUAGUCGUGAGAAGAGGCAAACCGCCUCCUUAACUUUUUCCGAGCUAUAUGGGGCAGUGACAAUGAACAACGUGCUUUGCCUGGCAGUGUUCUUGGCCCUUGUAUACAUAAGAGAAUUGACAUGGGACUUCUCUUCGGAAGUGUUGGUCAUUCUGGUGGUUUGCGUGGUCAUGGGCGUCUUUGCCAGUUUCCGUACCACCUUCCCUCUCUGGACUUCUAUAGUGGCUAUCCUUCUCUAUCCUUUCUCUCUGGCUCUGGUCUAUGUCCUUGAUUAUGUCUGUGGUUGGUCAUAGACCCCAGUAAUUAAUAAACAGUGCUAUAUUAGUCUGUAAAGGCUAUCCCUGUUCUGUGUUUAUUAGUGAUCAUAGUAAACUCAGAGAGACUUAUAGGAUUUUGCUGGCUUUUACUAAUUGAUGCUUGGUCAUCUAAACUUUAUUGUC